CGUCUACACAGGAUCGUGGCCUUUGGUCUAAUCAGAACAACCAACCAUAGACGCCGUUCCUUGCCAGCCCGUCGGGAUCGAACCCAUGACCUCAAGUAGCCCAACGCGCAGAAGAUAUAUAAGUGAGUUGACCCACCUAGUAACAUUCAUCUGUGUAGCUGUUGUGAUGGUGGUUGACAGCCAACACAAUAAGGUUAGUCAGAACAAUACGGCUAUGCUUUAUUGUAAAUAUUUCUGAAACUUUGAUUAAAAUAUUUAUGAGCUAGCAAAGAUUUAAGUACAAAAGGUUUGACACUGUUAUCAAGCAGGACUCAAGGGAAAUGGCUAAUGCCAACUUAUGGAUCUAUAACGUUGAUUUUAUAUACUGGAGUUUCAACUUUAUUCUUUUCAACUUAAAGAAGUUUUUCAGAAAAAGAAUUAAAACGUUAAUAUUCAUCUUUAUGAUACCACCGUUUUUCAUAAAUAUAAACAAUGUUACUUUUGAAUUUCUUCAACACGUAUUCGUGGGUUUCACAACGAAAUUGAAUGAUAGCGUUCUCCAUUAUGAGACUGACUGCAGAACUUUGUUUGCCAGACAACCCCAUCCUCUAACAGAUGGCAAGCAUGCGCCGUACACACUAGAGAAUCAAACACGUUACAUCGGUGAGGAUGCCAGAUUUAAUUGUAAACAGGUAAUCAUUGGAUUCAACACAUCGAAACCUCAUAUUAACCAAGUUAUAUGGCAUAAAGACGGCAAGUUCCUUAAGCCAGACGAUAGACACAUAAUAACAUGGACAUUUAAAACAAUGAAGAAAAGCCAGAUUCUGCAAGAUACAAAUAUACAAUUAUUUAAAGUAACCAGUACCUUAAAAAUAUUGAUGAUAAAUGAAGACGAUUUCGGUACUUACAAUUGCCAGGUUUCUCAAAGAACAAAUUUUGAUCUCCCAAAAGGGGAUAAAAAGACUGAAGCUCCCCAUGAACACAAUUUACAAAAUGGCCGAAGGGAAUGUGCAUGUGACUUUUCACCGGCAAAAACAGAAGAGGAAAUAAGUUUAGAGGACAUUGAAUUACAAUUCUAUUCAGUAAAUAUGUUUACUUGGAAUUCUGAAUUCCGUCUGAUCAAAGAACUACCUCGCAUUAAAACCACGUUCGUAGCUCCUGGUACAUUAUUUUCCUUUGCGACAUAUUAUAGACACUUGGGCAAUACCGAUGAUAUCUCUAUGUAUUAUACUAUAAAUGGCAAAGAACUAGUUUUCAAAGAUUCAAAAUGUUCCAAAUUUAUAUUGUUGUAUUAUGGGUUGUUUGAGAGCCGUAUUGUUCAAUCUUUCAAUUUAUUUGCAUAUUUACCGAAAGUAGCAGAACUAGUACAUAAAGCUGGACUCUGGAAUGGAUCGAUUUCAUUAUUACAACACUGCGUAACACCAAAUUCAUAUGGUAUACAUGACAUUGUAAUUUUAAGAAAAGUUUUCAAUGAACGUGACAACACGUAUGACGUUAGAGAAUUUAAUCACCCACUCAAGUUAGAUAUCAAACCGAAAGAAUCUGAUUUAUUUGAUUUCCCGACUUAUGAGACGAAUUCGACUGUUAACAUUGAUGCUGAUUGUUGGAAUGCGGAGAAGAAUUCACAGUCCUCGAGUUGUAUUUUACUAUACCGAUUUGUUGAAAGGAUUGCAAGUGAUUUACAUUUCCACGACAACGUGUAUUUUGGACUGGCAUUUAUAGCCUUGGGUAUUUUUUGGUACACCGUGUACAGGUCUGGAAAAGCUAUAGUAAAUGAAAUGCUAGUAGUUACGUCUUCCAAGCAUGUUAAACCCAUACAUACACUUGCUAGCAUACCAAACGACGACAUUGAUAAAAGAAAAUACCACAUAUUUAUUUCCUAUAGCGAGGAUGAAGAAGAACGGGCUCGCAUGACUGCUUCCCACCUUGAAGAACGAGGCCUUAAAGUGUUUGUGCCAAACCGGGACAUACCACUUGGCCGACAUAAACUAUCCGAAAUUGGGAAAGCAAUUAGUCAAAGUGUUGCGGUGAUCGUUAUAGCCAGCAACGGAUACGUUGAAAAUAUUGAAACGAAUGAAUUUGAAAUGAACAUGAUUUUACAGAAGGUAAAGAAAAACAAUCUUCUGGUAUUCAGAGUAGACGAAUGCGUAGUGGCCGACAUAUUUAAUGAUAAAUAUGUUAUGAUAGAUAUAAUAAAUGAUACUCUUAAUGAGCAGACGAAAAAAAUUUCAAAAUGGUUUAAUAUGAACUUUACUUCACCACAAGUACCUUUUAAACUGAUAAUGUCUGUUUUAAUAUACAUGGUGGUAACACUAAUUGGACUUUAUUAUAACAUUAAAACAAUUAUAUUUUUGAUAUAUUCUAAAUAAAUUUUAUCACC